UGAUACUCGAAGACAUUUCGUUCCGCUUGGAUAUGAAGACAAGCAAAUAAUGGGUUGUUUCAGGUGGAAUUUUACCAGUUGAGCUUGUUCGUGUACUUCGGCACACGGAGACUAGUGCUGGUAAUGACUAAUUUUGCCCUGCGGAGAAGCUGCGUUUGUCCUUGCCGGUUCUGAACGACAAAAACCUCCAUGACUGUAAAGCAAUACACACCCAUAAUGUCAAAUCGCAAUUGGGAAGUUUUUCCAGGGAGAAACAAGUUUUACUGCGAUGGAAGGAUUAUAAUGGCGAGAAAUAACGGCGUAUUUUAUUUUACCGUGGUGCUUAUUGUGGUAACCAGUGGACUUUUCUUUGCAUUUGACUCUCGUUACUUGUAUAUGCAUGUUUCUCCAGCUGUCCCAUUCAUUGCAGCAUGGUUAUUUAUCUUUGUCAUGUCAACACUACUUCGCACAGCUUUCAGUGAUCCUGGUAUAGUACCUCGAGCAUCAACCGAAGAGGCAGCUUAUAUUGAAAAAACUUUAGAAACUCCAAAUCAAGAUUCUCAAACAUAUAGGCCUCCUCCCAGAGUGAAGGAGAUCUCAAUAAAUGGACAAACUGUUAAACUUAAAUUUUGUUUUACCUGCAAGAUAUUUAGACCUCCUAGAGCAUCACACUGCAGUAUGUGUGACAACUGCGUAGAGCGGUUUGACCACCACUGUCCAUGGGUUGGGAACUGUGUAGGGAAAAGGAACUACAAGUUUUUCUUCAUGUUUCUAGUUUCUCUCUCAAUCUACUGUUGCUAUCUCUUUGCUUUUGUUGUAACUCAUCUUGCAUUGUUAUCACAAGGAGAGGAAAGUUCAUUUAUUUCUGCAAUGAAAAAGUCUCCUGCUAGUAUCUUAGAGGCUAUUAUUUGCUUUUUUUCAAUCUGGUCAAUAGUUGGAUUGACUGGUUUUCAUUCAUAUUUGGUUGGCUCAAAUCAAACUACAAACGAAGAUAUUAAAGGAUCAUUUUCCUCACGAAGUGGCCAAGGAAAUGUCAAUCCUUAUAGUCGGGGCUCAGUAUUGAAAAACUGUGCUGAAGUUCUUUGUGGACCACUUCAGCCCAGUUUAAUAAACAGAAGAGGUGUUAUUAUCCCUGAACCUCCUGAAUCAGACAAGUAUGGGGCAGUAAGGACAUCAACAACGGCACCCAUGUCCCCCACACAAUUAGGCUCAACAAAUGGUGUCAGACAUGAUGCCAGUAGAGCAGAGGAUGAACAAAACAAGUUAUUACCCAAGGCACAAGAACAAGACAGUCUCCAAGCUGACAGUGAAAAGGGACUUGUUAAAUUAAGCAGUGUGUGAACAAUAACCUGUACCUACAUGUGUAUGGAUCUACAGUUUUAACGUUUGUUCAGUGUAACAACAGUUAAAACAUGGAAUUAAGUUUCAGUAUUGAAGGUUCCAUCUGUGUUUGUCUCAGGGUCAAGGGUGUUGUUUUACAGGUCCCAUGUAAUGUACCAUUUUGUCGGUAGAAGGGAUUAGCACAAGACUGGAGCAUUUAUCCAAAGGAAAAGCAAUGGACACUACUUACAGCAAAGCAGUACACCCAUUAUGAACUUCAAGUAAUGAUCAACUAACUAAAUCAUUAGCCCCAUUUUAUUACUUAUUGUAGGAGUCCUUGCAUGUAUCAAGCCACGAUACCCUAUGACAAGUGCAGAGUCAGGGUUUUGCUCUGAUUUCUGAGGUGACCUAAUGUGUCUGACAAGCAGAGAGCAGUGGAGAUCAAUAGUUACUGAUUCAUAAUAUCUUCUAGGCAGAAUAUUGAUGUGACAGCAUGAGUAGCCAACAAAGCCAUGCAUGUAGUAACUGGCAAAGCUCAUCUGCCUCUGGCCCUUAUUUACAAUCCUGCUGUAUAUUUUAGUUAAGAUUAUCAAACAACGAGCCUGACAUCUACAUUUCAGAGAGUAAAUCAAGCUUUAAGGGUAUCCACACUGACAAUAACUUGUAAUUUUAGUGGUCAAUAUCUCACAAUUGUACCCAGCUCUUAGUAUUUUAUGCUGUUUUACAGCUAAGUGUGUGAUUUCCUUGAAUUUCAUCUUAUGCAUUUCAUUGUUGGUGGAAAUCAAAAUACAUGUCUUGAGCACUAAUUCAAAUACUAAUGAAGAAUGUCAGGGUUCUCAAAGAACUUUACACCCUGAACAGCUUUGGUUUACACUCACUUGAGAAUAUUUCAGGCAAUCAAUCAUUUUAGGUUUUUCAAAUCAGUAGGAACAUCAUUAGGAAAUACAACUACUGAUCAGAGGUUAUCUCACAUUUGAAGGAAAUUGUGACUCUUUUUAGUAUUGUUAUGGCCUGUUGAUUUACAGUGGUUUCCAGAUAUUGUACAACGUGACAAAUAACAUUGAAAAUGUACUUGAUAAUUAAAGUUUUGGUUUUGGAAUUGA